CUUUCAUCUAUCUCCUCCUCUUGAUUAGCUUGGCGUCGGAUUUCUCAUAUUCAAUCGAUCCAUCCAUCCAUCCAUCUGAACCAGAAGAGAAGAACUCAAAGACUUAAUCUCAUGUUCUGAAUUCUGAAAUCGAAUCAUUCUCUUCACAAAUCAGUGAAAUGGCAGCCUCAUCAGCAGCAUGUUUCACUGUAUCAGCAAAAUCUCACUCCACAGUCUUCUAUCGGAAGCCAUGUCUCCCUUUGAAGCCGUUGCAGGUCAAUCCACACAGCUCGUUUCUUUUCACCAACGGUCUAAGAUUUGGAUGCAGAAAGCGUUUAGUUCCUUUAAUUGUUAGGGCGAGUAUCGAUACCACUUCAACCGUGAGACUUGGCGGCACAAUCGAGAGUGAUAAGUUGUCGACGGAGGUCAGGAAGCGAGCGAUAAACGCUAUCGAUGAUUGUGGAGGUAGAGUCACUAUUGGAGAUGUUGCUAGUAAGGCUGGGUUAAAGCUGAAUGAAGCUCAGAAAGCUUUGCAAGCCCUAGCUGCUGAUACUAAUGGCUUUCUUGAGGUAUCUGAUGAAGGUGAUGUCCUCUAUGUGUUUCCUAAAGAUUAUCGUACAAAGCUUGCUGCCAAGUCAUUCAGGAUGAAGAUAGAACCUUUGUUUGAGAAGACUAAGUCAGCAGCUGAGUAUGUAGUAAGGGUCUCCUUUGGAACGGCACUAAUUGCUUCAAUUGUAAUUGUUUACACAACCAUUAUUGCUUUGCUUUCAAGUAGAAGUGAUGAAGAUAAUCGUGGAAGGCGUGGCAGAUCAUAUGAUUCAGGGUUCACAUUUUUCUUCAGUCCCACUGAUUUGUUUUGGUACUGGGAUCCAUAUUACUACAGGAGGCAACGGAAGCGAGCAGAUAAUGGGAUGAACUUUGUUGAAUCUAUUUUCUCAUUUGUUUUUGGGGAUGGUGAUCCAAAUCAAGGUAUAGAAGAGGAGCGUUGGAAAUUGAUUGGGGAGUACAUAUCAUCAAAUGGCGGAGUGGUCACAGCUGAAGAACUUGCUCCAUAUCUUGAUCCUAAGACCACAACGGAGGAUGAUUCAUACAUCCUACCUGUGCUUUUGCGGUUUGAUGGGCAGCCAGAGGUGGACGAUGAGGGAAAUAUAUUAUACAGAUUCCCGUCGUUACAGCGUACAGCUUCUCCCCAGAGGAGCAAUAGAAAAGAAUAUGUUGGGAGGAAAUGGGCCGAUUGGGUAGGAGGGGUUCAGAAGUUUUUCGAGGAGAAAAAAUGGCAAUUCAGUAAAACCAGCUCGUCUGAGAAAGCAAUGGUCAUUGGUCUCGGUGCCCUCAAUCUCUUUGGCGUAAUUGUACUCGAUGGCAUGCUAAAAACUGUUGCAGUUGCACCAACUGGAUUCAUCUCGUUUGUGGGUACCAUUUUCCCUUGGCUUCAGGUUUAUGCUGCUUCAUUUUUUCUGAUUCCAUUGGCCCGAUGGCUCCUGAUUCGCAACAAGAACGCCCAAAUAGAGAACAGAAAUUCGGCUAGGGAGAAAUUUGCCCAAGCACUUAACUCACCAGAUUACACUCUUAGGCGAAAGCUUCUGAGUGCCCGAGAUAUGGCUCAGCGAACUUUCAUUGGACAAGAUAGAAUAGUUUACAGUACCGACAAAGACUUGUUCGAACAAGAAUUCGAUGCUCAAGAGUGGGAACGAAAGCUAAAUGAACUCGAGAAGUUGGAAUGACAGAGGUUAAGGGCCUCGAUGCGUAUUCAUUCCUCCAUAGUAGAUAUAGGAUUGCCAACACCAACAACAGCAGAAAAUGAGAAUUAUUACCCGAAGAAGAUCGACAACACACCGCAUUCUAGUUCUUUUUGUUGUAAAACCAAUUGAUAAUAUAUAUUUUCAGGUUCUUCUUGUACAGUAGGAUUUAUUGAUAUUUUAAGAGAAUUUGCAUUUUUAGAGCCAAGUUAUAUAAAAGCUUGUA